UAAUUAAAAGCCAUGUGUGUUUAAUUAAACAGUCUGCAGUCUGAGGAGGAGGUCGCCUGUCUGUGCAUCAUGAGUUUUACAAGUAGACUUCAUGAUGCCUUUGUCCAAAAUAACCUUGGCAUGGUUAUCAUGAUUCUUAUUGAAGAAAAAUCUUCCGUAUCCUUGGUCGAUCGACUGGACGAAGUUGUUAUUAAGGAGCUGCAUAAAAUCGAACAUAAGAAUGUUGCCUUAAUAUUACGGGCAAUUGAACAUCUCAUUAGUAAAGAUGAAGACAGCAUCCAGAAACUUGUUCAUCACGGCUUGGUUGUGAAGAUGUUGAAUUGGUUUGAGAUUUCGUCAGAACAUCUUAAAGGACCGCACAAACCACCUAGGUACGCCAUGAAUCUCAUUGAAGUUUUCUACGAGGUUGCCAUGGUAAUACAUUUUCGCUACAGAUAACUCCUUUACGCGUGUAUGUGUAUGUAUGUAUGUGUAUGUAUAUAUAUAUAUAUAUAUAUAUAUAUAUAUAAAAAUUUCUGUCUGCGUCUAGAGGCAAUCAGAACCAUAAACUCUAUGUUGGACAGCAGCCCCAAAGAUAUAAGGAAGAAACUCUGCCAGUCUGAUGACCACGUCGGGCUCUUAGAGGACUUGGCAAAAGCGUUGACAGACAUUGGUGAUUAUGAAAUGCAGGUGGCCAUUUCUGAAGCACUCUGCAGGAUGACGCCAAGGAAACUAAGAGAAGACUUUGCUGGCAAAUGGUUCCGUUUCAGGAGCUUUGCUUCCGCUUUUACUUCAAUUCGUGACAAAGAUUUUGAAACUGACUGUAGGACAUUUCUGAAUGAACUCAAUAGUUAUUUUGGCAACUCAAGAAGAGUCUUCUCAUUCCCUUGUAUUCAGGCAUUUCUUGAUUCAGCUGAGUUGUUCAAGCCUGAAGAUGAGUUUCUAAAGGAGUUUUGGGUGGAUUUCAACAUUGGAACAUCAACUAUUAGUUUCUUUGUAAAUGAUCCAAAGAACACACUGUGGGAGUUGAUUCACCUGCCUAAAGAUGUUGUCAGCAUGUAUGAUCUUCAAGAGUGUGAUGAUCAGAAGAUAUUGGAAGUUCACAUGAGUACCCCACUCUCUCAUGGAGAGAUCACUGGCAAAAUUGUCAAAAUCAUCUUUAGUGCAGAACACAACAUCCAAACAGCCCUGACAAGAGUGUUUCCAGAUAAACCACAGUCUUCCUCUGUCUCAAAGGAAGCUCUGCAAUUAGGGGAUUCCUCUACCAAGAUGGAAGGAACCCAGCAUGAACAAACAUCAGUGCCGCAGACUUUUGCCAGUCCAUCUGCUGCAGAAACCAAAGUCAUCCAUCAGCAUUCCCCUUUGAGUGGACCAAGCAGAUAUUCAAGAUCAAAGUCAUCAAAAGUCAAAGGAACCCCAGCCCAAGACAUCUUUCAAUUUAAGGAUAAUUCAGAUUCUGAGGUUGCACGUGCCAAGACUGUAUUGUUCUGUCAGACGUCGUCAUCUAACGGGUCUACAAAAUCCCUCCCUGACACUCUGGGUAGAACUCCUGUUAAGAAGAAAAUGAAGGUGAUGCAUUCAGAUGAAUGGUGUCUCCGCAAGGACACUCCACAUGCUGUCUACAGCAGAAGAAAGCCCAGAGCUAAGGGCAAACUCAAAGUUCUUCCUCUUUCAUCACCCAGCAGUAAUGAGGAGUUCUCUAAGUAUUCAACACCCAAACAAAGACUUCAAGGAAGGGAAAGGGUGGCAAGUGAAGACUGGCAGUCUCAAGUCAAACUAGGGAGAUCACUGAACAUGGAAUCAUCCUUAUUCAAAGAGUCUACUGCUGAUUCAGGUUUUCAAAACAAGACUCUUUCUGAAACCAGUUUGCCACUAGAGGAACUUGAUAAUCUUAUUGAAGAGCACAAUUUGGAUAAAGACACAUCAAUUCCCCAGAAAAGUGAAGCAGAUGAAUCCUCAGAGCUGUAUGUGGGUCUGAAAGAGGACACGCAGCUGCACAGACACCCGGCAUUCCAACCCAGAAGACUUUUCAUGUCUAGCCCACUAGAGGAUGCUGCAGAGCGAGUAACUGAAGCAUUUGCGGAUGAGGAGUCUGAGGAAGAGUUGGGUGCUGGUGUCAGAGCUGCUUUUAACUCCUUUAAGACGCAGUUGAGAGCACACUUUACUAGCAGGUAUAAGAAGAUUGAAGCCAGAUCCCUGCAAUCUUUAACAGACUGUCAGAGAAAUGUGACUUCUCUCUUGGGAACUGUACACAAUCAAAGGUUGGCACAUCUGGAGCAGUUCCAGAACACAGUGGUGCAGCAGUUGACAUGUUUGGAGCAGGAUUGUCUGUCUCUCAAAACCAUAGAGAAAGAGACUGUGAAUUUCUGGCAGUCGGAGUCUGACACAGUUCGGGCAUUCUGUGAUAAACAGCAGAAGAGGUUGGAUUCUCUCCUCAUCCCGCAUGUGAGUGCUGAAUCGCCGUUUAGUUUAUCAGCGAGAAGAGAGGCCAAAAUUACUGCGCCUGCCUCUCCUCAAGAUGCCACUACUGUUGAUCCCUCAUAGGACUUCACACUAUGGUGCUUUUUUUUUUUUCUCUCUCUCUCUUCAUAUGUGAAGAGAGAUGAAGAUCUCUUCAUUUAUUUAUUUUUUCGGACUGAAAAGUUUACUCCUAAUUAAAGCAAUUUUUGUUGGUGUAAAAUAUCACUUGAUCAAAUUUAUAAUUUCAAAGUGCAAG